UCAAAUAUGCAACGCACUGUUAUACGGAGGAACCGAACACAGCUUCGCGUAAGAAAGCAGAGGAGAAUUUUCAGUUUUAGAGAGAGGAAAAUUCAGAGUUAGAGAGAGAUAUGAAGAUCACAGCGCUUUUGGUAUUGAAGUGCAAUCCCGAUGGAUCGGAUCCUGUAAUUUUAUCAAACGCUUCCGAUGUGACCCAUUUCGGGUACUUCCAGAGGCCAAGCGUCAGACAAUUCAUUGUUUUUGUCGGUCGGACCGUAGCCAAACGCACUCCUCCCGGCCAACGCCAGUCCGUCCAGCAUGAAGAAUACAAGGUACAUUCUUACAAUAGCAAUGGCCUGUGUGCGGUUGGGUUUAUGGAUGAUGCCUAUCCUGUCCGAAGUGCUUUUUCUCUUCUGAAUCAGGUGCUAGACGAGUAUCAGAAGAAUUUUGGUGAUUCAUGGAGGACUGUACAGGAAGAUAAUGUACAAGCUUGGUCAUAUUUGAAUGAAGCAUUGACCAAGUUCCAAGAUCCUGCAGAGGCAGACAAGCUGUUGAAAAUUCAAAGGGAGUUGGAUGAGACAAAAAUAAUCCUUCAUAAAACUAUCGACAGUGUUCUUGCUCGAGGUGAGAAACUGGACAGUCUAGUUGAGAAGAGUUCGGAUCUGAGUGCUGCUUCACAGAUGUUCUAUAAGCAGGCGAAGAAAACCAAUCAAUGUUGUACCAUACUGUAAGUUGUCAAAGAAAGCAGCAUAAGACAAUGCUAGUGUUGAAAGGGCAGUGGACAAAGUGAAAUGUAAUGUGUUGAUAUCAUUUAUCAAUUGUUUUUGUGUUGGAAUGAGGGAAUACCCUCUCAUGAAAUUUUAUCUCUUGGAUCAAGAAAGAAAGGAAACCUCAACAUCAGCAGUAGAGUGUCUUACUAUACCAUUUACGUCUCUUGAGUAGCUUAACUAGUUCACUUUCUGGAUGCUGUAUGCCUUCUUUCUGUUUCAGUCUGAAAGUAAUAUAUGUUUGUUCUUUUGAGAUA